AUGAAAGGCAGCGCGGACAACCGCGAUGAGCGCCGAUGGUCUGAGGUAUUUCCGCCCCACACCGCACUCACCUUCGCCGCCGUCUGGGACCCCGUAGAGGGUAUGAUCACCUUCUCCGGAGCACAUCUCUUCGACUCCGAGGGCGGCGAGCGCGGCACCUCCCGGCCGCUCCCUAAGGACGCGGUAGACAAUCAGUCGCAGGCUUUGACAAUCGACAUGCUCCUUCACCAAAUUCAUUCUCAGGGCGCUGCGUCAGGCGCGUGUGAUCGCGAGCGGGACAACGGCGACCCUAGCUCAUGGGCGUGCGAUGGGCAGACGGACACCGACGGCGUCAACUCACAGUUCCUUCCGCAGUGGUUGGGUGUCCCGCGCGGCAUGAGCACGGGCCUCAAUAGUCCGGCGUUUGCGUCGUCUGCGGCGUUAACGCUGAUGACUCCCGAGUCAAAUACGCAGGGCAUGCACCACCAGAGGUACUCCAAUCUGCUUCGUGCGGCUGGUGCCAUGCCGGACUGGCCCAACGGUGCACCUUUCCGUCCCAUGCCCGUACACAAAGAGUCCUUCACACGCUCCGAGGACGCCGUGACGGAUGAGGGGUUCUUCGAGGGCAGACAAAUGCCCAACGGGAGCUACGGUAGUCUUCCCGUCCUUGUGAACUUGAACUUGAGUUCUAGAUUCUCUGUUACGACCACGUCCACGAACGAAUACAUCGAAGUCGACUUCCCCUCCCAAUACGGUUACAAUGAGCUCGACUGCGAGUCGUCUACCUGGGAGACCGUCCGGGGCGCCGAGCGCCAUUUUUGCUUGAACAUCCCUCCACCACCCGAACGCCGGCGCCGGCUCCGAAAGCGCACUUCCCCUGUCUCCUCUCCCACCACCGAGUCCCAGCCCGCCAGCCCUCAUUCCGUCCUCUCGCGUCGACGCUUCAACCACGGUGCGCCCGAUAUGUCUCCACGUACGCCCACCACGCCCGGGCCGUCACCGCUGCAGAAGGUCUGGCCGCCCCGACCACCCACUCCGCCGCCGCCUGCGUCGCUCCCGUCAACACUGAAGCGAAAAGCAUCCGUCGCACGUGCGAAGGUGAUGGAUCGCUUACAGAAAGUGGGAAAGAACGACGAGGAUGGGUGGGUAUGCGUCGAGGUCGAGCACCGGGUGGUCCACCGCGUGGAGCACAACAUCGUUUAG